AUGGAUAUACGUAUGGAAGAUAUUCGUGUAGUCGUUGCCAUAGAUUUUGGAACGACAAAUUCUGCAUUUGCUUUUGCGCACAAAGAAAAACCAGAAGAAACCGAAACGAAUACCAUAUGGCCAGGUAGCAAAGGUAUUUUUAAAACUCCUACGGCACUUCAAUAUGAUUCGAAAUAUGAAAAGGUGACAGCUUGGGGUGUAAAAGCCUUAGUCGAAUUUCAGGAAGACGCAGAUGAUGAUAAUGAAACUGGCCAACGUUCGAGACCUGUAGAAUUAUUUAAAUUACAUUUGUUCAAUUCCAAGGAUGAAGAUAAACCUUGGUUACCGCCUCAAUUAAAUUACAAACAAGCAGUCAAAGAUUAUCUAACUGAAAUGAGAAAAUUGAUUGAAGAAAGACUUUCUACAAGAUGGAGCAAUGUUAAAUUUCCUGAUCAAGUCAGAAUUGUGAUGACUAUUCCUGCAGAAUGGCCUCCACAUGCUACUGGAAUAAUGCGUGAAUGUGCAUAUAAUGCUGGUUUAUUGAAUAAAAACAUGUGUAUCGAUGAUAAUAAAUCUAAACAAUUUACUUCGUAUCUUAAAGACUUUCACUACUACCGCCUUGAUGGAUACGAUGAUCACAAAAGAAGACUCAUAGCUUUUGUUUGGGGUGAACUUGAAGCACGUGGAUUAAAGCAUCGAUCAGAAUUCAAUCAACACAUGAAAGAAUUGCCAAUAAAGCAAAAAGAAAAACUUCGAGCCAUGGUUCUCGAAAGGAUGAAAGCAUUGGUUGAUAUAUCACAACCCAACAACAAAUCGCCUGUUAUUUCAGGAAAAAAUGGUAGCGAUAGCCUAAAAGAUAGGCUGGAUAUUUUGCAAAGUGAAAAGGAUGCUCUCUUAGAACAAGUUAUAGAAUUACAAAAGGAGAAUUCAAAAUAUCAAGCAACACUUGGUAAUUUGACCAACCUUGGCUUUAAUGACGAAGACUCAAAUAACAUUGUUAAAUUAGAUAAAGAUGUUAAACAUUUACAAGACUUACUCGAAGACUUUACGCUCGUUUCUGGUCCCGAAUAUGAAAUCGAUGUUGCCAA